UGGCUUGGGCAGUAUAUAACGGGCAGAUCGUAUGGGAUCAGAAAACGAUAUCAGAAAAACACAAUUCCCCCAAAACCCAAUAUCUUCCGAUCCAGCCAGCCUCACCUAUCGACCAAUUCCUUCCUGGAUCUUAAACAUCUGUGUAUCUUCUUCGUCUUCACCUUAAUCAAUCAGCAACCAUGGGUAUGAAAUUUUUGAACAAGAAAGGAUGGCACACCGGUAGUCUCCGCAACAUAGAAAACGUCUGGAAAGCAGAGCAGAAACACGAAGCCGAACAGAAGAAACUCGAAGAACUCCGAAAGCAAAUUCACGAGGAGAGAGAAAAAGCCGAAUUUCGUCAACUUCAGGAACAGGCUGGAUUAGUCCCGAGGCAGGAGCGGUUGGAUUUUUUGUAUGAUUCUGGAUUAUCCGUAGGGAAGGGAAGUUCUGAUGGUGGAUUUAAGGCGCUUGAAUCGUUUCCGGCUAAGGCGGAACCCGAACAGCCUUCUGCUUCGACCAAGCCCUCUGCGCCAGGUGCUUUAUUCGAAGAUAAGCCUCAGUCUGCUAAUGAUGCAUGGAGGAAACUGCAUUCAGAUCCCUUGCUUAUGAUAAAGCAGCGUGAACAGGAAGCACUAGCUCGUGUCAAGAAUAAUCCAGUUCAAAUGGCCAUGAUUCGCAAAUCUGUUGAAGCCAAGAAACACAAGGAGAAAGCCUCGGAUGGUGAAAACCGCAAAGAAAAACAUCAUCGCAAGAAAUCAAAACACGAAAAACAUCAUUCGUCUUCAUCCAAACAUCGUAACAACUCAGACGACGAAGAAAGAAGCAUAAGUCCCAGACACGGCUCAAAAUACAAGAAUAAUGACCAUUACAGGACGAAUGAGCAUGAAAGAGAGAACCGUUCUGAUUCUCAAUCUGCUAAAAGAGACAGCGACGACAGAAGGCAUAACGAACAUUACAGGAUGAAUGCUGAAAAAGAAAGAGAAAACCGUUCUGAUAAAAGAGAUAGGGAAGACGGAAGGCACCGUCCACCAACACAUCCGAAUAAAGGCGGUAGCAAUGGACCACCUAAGCGGCUUUCGAAAGAAGAGAGAGCUGCUAAGCUUAAGGAGAUGCAAAUGGAUGCUGAGCUGCAUGAAGAACAAAGAUGGAGGCGGUUGAAGCAGGCGGCUGAGGAUGAUGCUAAGGAGGUGAGCCAUGCAAGUUCUAGCGGCAGGAACUUCUUGGAUGCCGCUCACAAAAGUGUUUACGGGGCAGACAAGGGUGGGAGCUCCACAAUAGAGGAAAGUGUCCGGCGGCGCACGCAUUAUUCACAACGCAGGGAAGAAGGAAACGCGUUCAGACGCUAGACUUUCGUUAUGUAUUUGGUUGAAGAGUGUUUUGUACUAUACCAUGUUAUGUGAGAAUGAAUUUACUUGGAUAGGAUUUGAUGUAAUUGAAGCUUUUCAACAACUUAUUUAUCGCAUCUUCAUCUCCUUGUUUUUGUAA